AUGCAGACUGAGUCAGCGGCAGUCAUCAAUACGUCGACGGCCACGCCGAGCGGGGAGCCGCAAGGUCCGACGUCGACGGCUGGGGAAACCAAGGAGCAGCCGAGAGGGAACCCGAAGGUCUCCUAUAGAGAUACCGUGACCUCUUCGAGCCACCAAGUGUCGCCGGGUGACGAAACAAUGGAUAUCGAGGAGAAUGAUAGUGAUGGAGAAGGGGAGCCUGACUGCCCUAAGGUCCCUGUCGCCAUCGCAGCAAUGGGACAAGGCUUCUACUCGGCACGCUUCUCCACUGAGCAUGACUAUGAGAGAGCCCUCACCGGCGGACCCUGGAUGAUCGAAGAUCACUACGUACUCACACGUGUUUGGAGGCGGGGGUUUGAACCAAGCGAGGAAGAGUUGACCAGUACACUAGUUUGGGCGAGGCUUCCCAAACUACCAAUGGAUUACUAUGACGAGGAGUUACUCGCAAAUAUUGGUAACUCAUUGGGACGUUACAUUCGCAUGGAUGAGGCCACCCGCCAAGCCACGAGAGGCCACUUUGCACGUAUAUGCGUGGAGGUGAAUCUAACGAAGCCCUUGAUUUGCAAGUAUAGGCUUGAAAGGAGAACAAGGAGGGUCGAGUAUGAGGGAUUACACAAGGUCUGCUUCUCGUGCGGUCGAUAUGGUCAUGAAGAAGAGGCAUGCCCCAAGAAGGUCUCGGAGGCCCCAUCGGAGGCUGAUUUUCAGGCAGCCCUAGGAUUAUGGGCCGUGGAUGCUGGCAACCCGCCACCGCCGCCGACGUGUAGCGAGCACACCCUCACCACAAGUGGCUACAUCCAGCCCCUCUCAAAGUCCCGGAGUACACUUGGGGUCCCGUUUCGAGGUUCUCGAGUCACUGAACGACGAGCUCAGGGAGCAUGCAGCGGUUCUGAAGGAGGCAAAUCAUCAGGGGACAAUAGAGGAGGAGGGGGUAACGGAGAAGAAGGCAAAGACGGCGCGGAUGGCGAUGGGGAUGGGAAACGUGAUAAACAAGAGACAUUGGGACACCAAAAUGGGAGGAAGAGCCAGGAGGGUUCGAAGGGAUCGACUGGAGGCCAGAAUGGGCAGAAGAAGGGGGGGAAAGGACAAAUUCAAAAGGGUAUGGAGAGGAAAGUGAGCAGCACAGCAGGGGGCAAUAUCAAGAAUGCUUCUGCAAAACCGAGACCCCCGGAUAAAAGUGUUCCCUCAGAUGGAGGAGUACCCAAACCAUCAGGGAAGCCCAAAGCGGAUGGGAAGAGUGCUCAUGCUGGAUCGCCACCCAGUGCUUCGAAAGGUAAGGGUAUAGCCGAUGGGUCCAAACAACCUGUGGCUAGGGCGCUGGAUUUGAAUGUUGCGAAUACUGCAUCCCCAGCUAGGGAGCAAGAUAAGACAUGCAAGAGUGCCGCCUCUGUAGGAGGAUCGAACGGCACUUCAGGCAUGGAAGUGGAGCGGUGCUGA